GAUUGCUUUUUUCCCAGGGAGCGCGAACGCAGCGUCAGGCCUCAUGAGAACCAUGUGACGUUUUGUUGACGGUAGAAGACGAAGGGAAGAUGGCGGCCCGCUGGAGCAGCGAGAAUGUGGUGGUGGAGUUUCGGGAUGCGCAGGCCACCGCCAUGUCAGUGAACUUCCUCGGCUCGCACGCCGUUCUGUCAGGGCGGCGUUUCCUGUACAUGGUGAACCUGGAGGCUCCGUCUGAAGCGCCGAGGAAGAUUGGGCGCCAGAGUAAAUGGGACGUCGGGACGGUCCAGUGGAACCCGCACAGAUCCGAGUCGCACGUCUUCGCUGCCUCGAGUAACCAGCGUGUGGAUCUGUACUCGUGGAGGGACGGCUGUGGAGAAGUUCACACCUCCCUGCAGGGACACACCCGGGUCAUCAGUGAUCUGGACUGGUCCUGGUUUGAGCCGGAGUUCCUCGUCACCAGCUCAGUGGACACCUACAUCUACAUCUGGGACACCAGAGACACUCGGAAACCCACGGUGGCGCUGUCUGCUGUCGCCGGGGCGUCCCAGGUGAAGUGGAACAGGAAGAACCAGAACCUGCUGGCGUCCAGUCACGAUGGAGACGUUCGGAUCUGGGAUAAAAGAAAGCCGAACACGGCCGUGGAGUACGUGGCGGCUCACCUGUCGAAGAUCCACGGCCUCGACUGGCACCAUGACAACGAGUUCAUCUUCGCCACGUCCAGUCAGGACAACUCCGUCAGGUUUUGGGAUUUCCGACAGCCCAGGAAGUACCUGAACAUCCUGUCCUGCCAGGUCCCGGUGUGGAAGGCCCGCUACACGCCCUUCUCUAACGGUCUGGUAACAGUGAUGGUUCCUCAGCUGCGGAGAGAGAACAGUCUGCUGCUGUGGAGCACCCUGGACCUCAACAGUCCCGUCCACGCCUUCGUGGGACACGACGACGUGGUGCUCGAGUUCCAGUGGCGGCCGCAGAAAGAAGGUUCGAAGGAUUACCAGCUGGUGACGUGGUCCAGAGAUCAGACUCUGAGGAUCUGGAGGGUGGAUCCUCAGCUGCAGAAGCUGUGUGUCAGCGACGCGGUGGAUGACCUGAUGGAGGGGAUGUCCAUCGCCGCGGAGACGGAGAAGUCUCUGUCGUCUCAGGAGCCCAACAGUCAGUACAGCGUCGGCCUCGCCGGGGAAAACCUGCAGGAUCCAGACGGCGCCCUGAGCGCGGCGGUGGGUUCAGGCGUCCCUCAGACUCUGCAGCAGGAGUUCUCUCUCGUCAACCUGCAGAUCAGAAACGUCAACGUGGAGAUGGACGCGGUGAACCGCAGCUGCGUGGUGUCGGCUCACUGCGGGAGCCAUCAGGUCCACCUGGUGGUCAAGUUCCCGGCGCAGUAUCCCAACAACGCCGCGCCCACCUUCCAGUUCGUCGCCCCGACGACCAUCCCCUCCGCCAUGAAGACCAAGAUCCAGAAAAUUCUGACCGACACGUCGCUGCAGAAAGUCAAGAGGAACCAGAACUGUCUGGAGCCGUGUGUACGACAGCUGGUGUCCUGUCUGGAGUCAGACAUGGUGCAGGAAGACGGCCCGGCCUCGGGACCCUUCGUCCUGUCCAAUCCCGUCGCUCCGGCCCUGCAGGCGUUCCCCCGCGUCACCAACACAUACGGCUCCUAUCAGGACGCCAACAUCCCAUUCCCUCGGACCUCCGGCGCUCGUUUCUGCGGCACCGGAUGUCUCGUUUAUUUCACUCGACCAACCACCAUGCACCGCUCUGUCCCGCCCACCGAGCCCACUCCCAGGUCCCUGUCGGCUCUGUCGGCCUAUCACACCGGAGUGUUGACGCCGAUGAAGAUGCGUUCAGAGUCUCAGAGCUCCCUGCGGCUGUACAGCGGCAGCCCGACUCGCUCCGACAAAGACACCGUGUCCAUCUCGUCCUUCUACUAUAAGGAACGGAAGCCCCCAAUCUCUGCCUCCCGCCGCUGGUCUGUGCAAACCCUCCAUGAUUGGCCGAAAUCCCGCAGGUUUAAGACCAAGCGAGAGGGGGCGGACUACGGCAACCGUCCAAUCAAACUGGCGGGGAAGGUCAUCAUCCAGGAGAUUUCCUGUCUGCUGCCCGUCCACAAAGCUCUGGGAGAGAGUUACAUUCUGAACAUGAACGACAUCCACGAGACGUGUCAGAAGAACGCAGCGGCGUCGCUCAGCGUCGGACGCAGAGACGUGGCCAAGGUGUGGGCUCUGGCGUCUGCAGCGACCAGUCAAGACCUGAGUCCUGACUCUGACCCGGACUCAGAGACCCCCUGGGCCAGACACCCGUUUGGACGCCACCUGCUGGAGACUCUCUUGGAUCACUACAGUCACAUGAGUGACGUCCAGACUCUGGCGAUGCUGUGCAGCGUGUUCAAAGAUCAGAGUGGACCUCUGGACUGUUUCUCUCUGUACGGACAUCAUCCGUCACGCUCCUCCAUGCUGCCUCCGCACCACUCACGAUACCCCAGCUACACGUCCAGCUCCGUCACCUCGGGCUCGUGCUCCAGCACCUCGGACUCCAUCGCCACCGUCAACUGGAACUCAGGUAGAGACUCUGAGCACGCCAACCCGUGGGGCGAGUCCUCCCCUGACGACUAUCGCUAUGGAAACCAGGGUUACAGCGAUCCACGGGAAAGAGAGCGAGAACAGCACGACAUGAACAAAAGACUGCUGGACCCCGCCAACACGCUGCAGUUUGACGACUUUAAGAAGAGUUACGGGGAAAUCCUGCACCGCUGGGGUCUGAGGGAGAAAAGAGCCGACGUGCUAAAGUUCGCCUCUUGUCCUCCUGAACCUCACAAAGGCAUCGAGUUCGGCGUGUACUGCUGUUACUGUCGCAGUCAAGCUCGUGGCACGCAGUGUGCUGUCUGUAAGCGGCUGACCUUCCAGUGCGCCAUCUGUCACGUGGCCGUCCGCGGCUCCUCCAACUUCUGCCUGAGCUGCGGCCACGGAGGACACACCAGUCACAUGAUGGACUGGUUCCGGCAGCAGGAAGAGUGUCCGGCCGGCUGCGGCUGCCACUGUCUGCUGCAGAGCACCUUCUGAUGCCACGGACGCUCCGCAGACGGAAACCAACGCACCUCCUGGGAGAGACGGGCGGGGUGACGGGACGGAUCUGAGCCUCUGACACACAGAGAAUCAAACAGCUGAUGGCGACGCUAGUCCGUCCAACAGAGGAUAAAUCCUCCUGACAGAACCAGAGAAAACUGAACUGGACUCUCUCUGUUUUGGACACUUUGCUUAAAUACCCUUUAAGGAGACAUUUCUGUAUCUUACAGUCACUUGAUGCUCACAGCGGCCUUACAGAGUCACAGGACUGUUAUCAAAUGUGAAGAAUAACUUUCUGAAUAUUCUGUCAAGAAAAUGAAGAAUGUGUGAAUCUCAACCAAACUAAAUGAAG